AUGUUAUCUGUGUCGCAGUUACAUGGUGGAAUGUGUAAGAGUCUUUGUUCUGUCUAUGUGAAAGUGUUGGCAAUAUUUCCUGAACUGGAAGCAGCUCGGCCAAGAAGCACUUCUGGUAUUCAGGCUUUAUGUGCUUUGCACAUAGCGCUCGAGAAGAUAAAGAAUAUUCUUCAACAUUGUUCUGAAUGCAGUAAACUUUACUUAGCCAUAACAGGAGAUUCCGUCGUUUUGAAAUUUGAGAAAGCAAGAUGUGCCCUUCAAGAUUGUCUAAGGCGGGUAGAGGACAUCGUACCUCAAUCUAUCUGUUGUCAGGGCUCAACACCUUGUUCGCCCACUGUCCAUGGAUCUUUGGAGGAUGGUUGUGUGCCUGGACGCAAUAGUUAUGUGUUCGACCGUCAACUCUCGAAACUCAAUUCUUUUAAUUUUCGACCAACCUUCAAAAGAUCAGAGCACAUGCCCUUACCUCCGGAAGAGUUGAGAUGUCCAAUAUCAUUACAAAUUAUGUACGACCCCGUUAUUAUUGCUUCUGGGCAAACAUAUGAAAGGAUUUGCAUAGAGAAGUGGUUCAGUGAUGGACAUGAUACUUGUCCAAAAACUCAGCAGCAGCUACCUCAUCUUUGUUUGACUCCCAAUUACAGCGUUAAGGGUUUGGUGGUCAGUUGGUGUGAACAGAAUGGAAUUCCUGCUCCAGAUGGCCCACCAGAAUCUCUUGAUCUUAACUACUGGAGGUUAGCCUUUUCAGAAAGUGAUUCUGCUAAUUCAAAAUCGUUGGAAAGUGUGGGGUCCUGCAAGUUCAAAGGUGUUAAGGUGUUCCCGUUGGACGAUAGUGGUAUUAUUCAGGAGGCUGAAGAAAAUGAAGCAGACUCUGUUUCUCAAAAGGAGGAUGAUUGCGAGGUUAAUACCUUUGAACGUUGUGAUUAUUUUUUGAUGGUUUUAGGCAGGGAAGAUGACCUAAUGAGGAAGUGCAAGGUAGUAGAAACUAUAAGGCACUUGCUGAAAGAUGAUGAUGAAGCCAGGAUUUAUAUGGGGGCUAAUGGUUUUGUUGAAGCAUUGUUGCAUUUUUUGCAGUCUGCUGUAUGUGCAAGGAAUGAGAUGGCUCAGGAACUUGGAGCAAUGGCCCUUUUCAACCUUGCAGUAAAUAAUGACAGAAACAAACAAAUAAUGAUGGCAUUGGGAGUACUUCCGGUGCUGCAGGAACUCAUUGCUAAUUCCAAUUUUGUUGGAGCAGCAACAGCACUUUACUUGAAUCUUUCUUGCCUUGAAGAGGCCAAGCCUGUCAUUGGCUCGACUGAGGCUGUCCCUUUCUUGAUCUGCGUCCUCCGACAUGAAAAUGAUCCUCAAUGCAAGCUUGAUGCGCUCCACGCCCUCUACAAUCUUUCCAGUCACCCAACCAAUAUUCCCCGCCUUCUGCCAUGUGGCAUCGUCGAAGGCCUCCAAGCUCUUAUUACACAUUCAACUGACAGCACUUUCACCGAGAAAAGCAUCGCAGUUCUUAUAAACUUAGCAUCGAGUAAAACUGCAAGAGAUGAAAUUAUACUGGCUCCUGACCUUGUUAGUGGGCUCGCUACGGUUUUGGAUGUUGGUGAGCUUGUUGAACAAGAACAAGCUGCAGCAUGUCUGCUGAUAUUAUGCAAUGGGAACGAGACAUGCAGUCAAAUGGUCCUUCGAGAAGGGGUGAUACCUUCAUUGGUGUCAAUAUCGGUAAAUGGAACCGUAAGAGGGAAACAAAAAGCUCAGAAGCUUCUCAUGCUGUUCCGCGAACAGAGACAACGUGAUCCAUCACCAUCUCCUGUCCGGCAGCCUGAAAGUAGUGACACAGUCAAGUCUGCUCGAGAUUCAAAGCCACCGUGCAAGUCAGAGUCGAGAAGAAAAAUGGGAAGGAGAUGGAGUUUUUGGUCGAAAAACAAGAGUUUUUCAGUAUAUCAGUGUUAA